AUGGCAUUUCUGGAUUACUCAGGUCCACAGAAACCAGCACCAUCACAGCCCAAGGCAGCCCUGGUGUUUCUCCAUGGCCUGGGAAAUUCUCCUCAGACUUGUAUCCCUCUGAUUCAAGACCGAUUAUCCCAACUGGAUCCAACUUUGUCCCAAGACAUUAAAUUUGUCUUUCCAUCGGCGCCUCGACUCUGCAGUACCAUUAAUGGAGGGCAAUGCCUCCCCUGCUGGUUUGACCUGUACGAUUGGCCCGUCAAGGUCGGUGUCCGAGAUGACAAGCAGGGAAUUCGACAAGCCGUCCAACAAAUACAAGACGAAGUUGCCAAACUCGAAGCAGAAGGAAUCCCCAAGAGCCGCAUUGUUCUGGGGGGAUUUUCACAGGGAGCCACCUUGGCGCUGUCCACGGCGUAUGGGGACACAACAAUUGAACAACCAUUUGCCGGUUGCAUUGCAUUGUCGGGAUGGUUGGCACUACGACAAGAGUUGCAGUGCACACCGGCAGCGUGUCAGACACCCCUCUUUUGGGGUCAUGGGCAAUUUGAUGAUUCGGUCAAACCAGAACAACAAUUCUUUGGUGUCAAGAAAUUGCUCCAACAGGGAGUACAAUCGACCACCACCAAGAGUUAUGAAAUGGGACAUGGUGUCAGUGCCGAGGAACUCUGUGAUAUCGCGGCCUUUUUGAAACGAGUAAUCUACAAACAGAGACCAAGCACGGAAAGCAUCGAGAAAACAGAAUCAUCGGAUACCCAAACGCAGACGGCACUGGUGUAG